GACCCCGCCUAUUCUGCUCGUGUCACAUGACUUAGUGCUUUUGCCUGUUCGCAGAUCUGGUGACAGCAGAGAGUAAGAGCAGCGAUUCCACCGGCAAGAUGUCUGGCAAGGACAGGAUUGAGGUGUUCCCUUCUCGGAUGGCCCAAACCAUCAUGAAAGCUCGUCUGAAAGGUGCCCAGACAGGACGCAAUCUUCUUAAGAAAAAGUCUGAUGCCUUAACCCUACGCUUCCGACAGAUCCUGAAGAAAAUUAUUGAGACCAAAAUGCUAAUGGGAGAGGUUAUGAGGGAAGCUGCUUUCUCACUUGCUGAAGCCAAAUUUACAGCAGGGGAUUUCAGUACAACUAUUAUUCAGAAUGUGAACAAAGCACAAGUGAAGGUUAGAGCUAAGAAAGACAAUGUUGCAGGUGUAACACUACCAGUGUUUGAACAUUAUCAGGAAGGAGGGGACAGUUAUGAGUUGACGGGUCUUGCACGAGGUGGUGAACAGCUGACUAAACUGAAGAGAAAUUAUGCGAAAGCUGUAGAGUUGCUUGUAGAACUGGCCUCCUUGCAGACCCCACUUGUUGCGGGCAGGGAGCGGUUGGCCCGCACGGCAGUCUGCAACUGUGUUUGCAUAGAAGAGAUUGCAGAAGCGUGGGAGUACAAUCUGUUCUCAGAGUCUUCGACUCUAUGUAGCAGAUUUAUUGUGGAGGACUCUGACAAAAAGGAGAGCUUUACGCCCACUGACCCAAGCACUGAGAGAUGCGAGUAUUGCCUAUCAAUGGGGAUACCCAUUCCACCUACGGUCAUUAUUCCUAAAAUUGAACGAACGUUAUCCUACAUUAUUACUGAACUGGAUGAACGUGAACGAGAAGAGUUUUACAGAUUAAAAAAGAUUCAGGAGAAGAAGAAGAUUAUCAAAGAGAAGGCAGAGAAGGAGCGUGCAAAGUGGAAUGAAUCAGGAGGUUCUGAGCCAUUCAAUCUUCUUGCUGAAGACCGUGAUGAAGACCUGUUGUUUGACUAACCAGUCA